UCGACGCAAUGGCAAACCCACCUCCUGCGAGCCCUGCAGGCUAUCCAAAGUGCGGUGUGACCAUGCCGUCCCGGUCUGCGGGCGAUGUGCCCGUCGCGAGCCAGAGAAAUGCUUCUACCAUCCCGCGCCGUUGACGCGGGCGCGGACGAACCGUCGUUUUCGAAGAUGGAACCCGCCUGUAUCUGGCGUAUCGAGCGUCUCGUCGAACAUCCAGCAACGCCAACAACCAUCACCAACGACUCCGAACUUUGCAUCGACGCCCAUCCACGACACCCAGACUCAGCCCGGACCAAUCCUCUACCACUCGGCCAGCUCAUCGAGCGUCGCCUUCGCCCGAGCCCAAUUCAUGAAACUCUUCAUGGCGUUCCAACAAUACGAAAGCGUGAUCGCCAAAUACUACAGCAUCAGCCAAUUCGUGAUCAUACCCCGACCACUAAUCCUGGGCCUUCUCGCCAGCCUCCGCCGGGAUCUCGAGAACGGGCUGAACCAAGAGAGCCUCGAGCAGCUCUACGCGCGCACCAGCAUCAACACGCGGAAACCUUUCCCGACGAUCACGGAAAACACAACCGUGGAAGAAUUCCUGGCCUGCAUGACGGGGCCCCGUCUGCGAUGGGAGACGGUGGGGACGAUCUUCGCGCUGGCGGGGAUCGCGUCCUUCCAUACGAAAGCCUCCGAGAUAGCGGGUAAGGAGGCCUUCGCGGGGGAUAUGUACGCGGCGAGUAAAGCGUGUAUUGAGAUCUGCGAGGAGAAUGGCCAGGUCAAUGAUGGGACGCUCUGGAUGCGGUUGACGAAUGUGAUUCUGGCGUCGAAUUUGUAUGGGGAUACCAGCAAACUCCUCUACCAAGGAUUCACGCUCUUCACCACCGAUCUCACCAUCAUGGGCCUGCACCGCCAGAUCUCCUCUCCCUGCAGAGUUCCCUUCUUUGUGUCUGAGACCCGUAGGCGGAUCUUCGCGGCGGCGUUUAGUCGCGACAAGACCCUGGCUACCUUCCUCGGUAGACCGUACCAGAUGGACUCGCGGUUCUGUGAUACCAUCCUGCCUCUGGACCUGGACGAUGAGGAGAUCGUGUAUACUGUGCCCGCACUCACAGGGGCGCUGCAGACACUGGACGAGAACGGCUGGAAGCGCUCCCCUUCCCCUGGCCAAUCCCAUCCUCUCCGUCCAGCGACUGUCAUCCGUCUCCGCUAUCAAUGGUCCAGACUGCGUGAGCGGAUCCUCCGGCUGUCACUGGGGAAUAAGAUCGAUGACUUGGCUGGGGAACUAGACUCCAUCCACCAAGCCCACCAAACCGCCUGGGCCCCCAUUCCGCCGCAAUACCGCUACACGCCCGUCUGCUGGACCCACCAGACGCCCAACGCCUGCGUCGCGCUGCUUAUCAUCCACCUCGACUACCUGUAUACGGGGUUUCAGCUGCACCGGAUAUAUCAGACGGAAACUGAGGUAGUUAGCAAUGCUCUGCUUGAUACAUCGAUGGAGCUGGUGGAGGGGAUGCUUGAGUUCGUUACGCAGCAGGAACGGUGCGCUGAGUUGAGGGAGCGGUUUAUUUGGAUUUUCCUCUUCUACCUCCUCCCCGGCGCAGGGACGCUCGCUGCAUCUCUCCACCAACACACCAUUCCUCAAACCCAGACCCCAACCCAAGCCCAAACCCAAACACACACUUCCACCACCACAUCCACAUCCACAUCCACCCCCUUCACACCUCCCGCGUCUACUAAUACCUCCACCCUCCCUAAUCCUAUAAACAAUCCCCUCCCCUGCUCAUCCCCCUACUCGCGCAUCAUCCGCAGCCUCAGCGUCGUGAUCGCCUGGUUCGAGAACAAAAGACUGCUUCUUCCCCAGAGAUCCGAUUAUCAGGUGUGUUUACAGAUCAGUCGGGUGAUUGGGGGGUUGGUGGAUGAGGUUGUUGAUUGGAGGUUUACUUCUGGGGAGGAG